GUUCGCUCGGUCGUUUCCCACGCUUCCUGCCCACCUCCGCCCCGCCCCGCCCCGCGCUCCCCUCUCUCCUCCGGCCCUCCCGGAUCCGACGCGGGCGUCGCGCCACGGAGUCCGCCGUCAGGCGGAUCGGCCGCCAGAGCCCCGUCCUACAAUGCCGGUUUUGGACAAGUGGACAUAACCGAGUCGUGAACAAUGCUGGGUUCUACCUGGAGAAGCAUGAACCCAGCAUUCUUGUGAGAAAAGGAAGCACCAAUCAAGAAUGGCUUCUAGGGCAAUCAUCAGGAGGAACUAUAUUCUUGAGCACACUAAUGGGACUCGUCUAUUACAUUUAUCUAAGUUUAUUUCCAGCCAAGGAACAUUUGGAUGUGAUGUUGAGCACAACACUGUAUCCCAUGUGCCGCAGAAGAAUUCAGGGGAUUCUAGCCGUGAGAAGCAGCAAUAUACCUUAAGGAAUAGAUACCUUUUGGGCCUUAGUAAUGGGUUCCUGCAUCGCCCAGUCCUUGGUGUCCCUCUUGCCACUUAUGAACCCAAAGCACAUAUCUCUGGAUUCCCCUUGGGAGCCAGGUAUUUUCGGCAGUCAGUCCGUGCAGCAUCAGAAACAGCUGGGCAGCCAAACUCUGGUAUUGUGAAUGGGAAGAGUGAGGACCAGAACCAACCAGAAAAGGAGGUGUCUCCAGAAGAGUGUGACCAGGCGGUGGAAGGCUUAAGCACUGCAAAGGCUAAAGCUAAAGCAAUGGUGCAGGAAGUCCAAAAGACUGACCAAUCAAUCAUACAGAAAUUCUGGGCAAGACUUCUGGGUAUUGGUCCUGCCCUGCGUGUUAUUGCUUCCAUGAGCAGAGCUGACUGGGCUGCGAAGUUGAAGCAUUGGAAGGAAGAAUUUGUUUCUACGCUGCAGCAUUAUUGGCUGGGCACUAAGCUACUGUGGGCAGAUGUCAGAAUUUCAUCAAGAUUGUUGGUGAAACUUGCUGGUGGAAAGAGCCUUACAAGGAGAGAGAGGCAACAGCUUACACGAACAACCGCAGAUAUGUUCAGGCUGGUACCUUUUGCUGUGUUCAUCAUCAUUCCGUUCAUGGAGCUCUUACUGCCAGUGUUCCUGAAGUUGUUUCCAAACAUGUUGCCAUCCACUUUCCAAGACAAAAUGAAAGAAGAGGAGGCAUUAAAGAGGAAACUGAAAGCAAGGAUGGAAUAUGCAAAAUUCUUACAAGAUACAGCGAAGGAGAUGGCAAAAGAAGUGCAAACAUCGCUUAGUGGGGAUAUGAAACAGACAGCUGAAGACCUGGAUGAUUUUUUGGACAAGGUCAGGAAAGGUGGACAUGUCCCCAAUGAAGAAAUUUUGAGCUUUGCAAAGCUGUUUAACGAUGAGCUGACUUUGGAUAACAUGAACAGAUCACGGUUAGUGAACAUGUGUAAAUAUAUGGGAAUUCAGCCUUUCGGUACAGACAACUACUUGAGAUUCAUGCUUCGGAAGAAGUUACGAGUCAUUAAGAAUGAUGAUAAGAUGAUCGAGGCUGAGGGUGUGGAGUCUCUUUCUGACGAGGAGCUCCGACAUGCUUGUCGCGAACGUGGCCACCUUGAUUUAUUGUCAACAGAGGAGAUGCGCGAUCAGCUCAAAGACUGGUUGGAUCUAUCACUUAAUCAGUCUGUGCCAUCAUCUCUUCUGAUUCUAUCAAGAGCUUUUACUGUAUCUGGGAAAAUGAAACCUGAGGAGGCUGUUGUAGCAACGUUGUCUUCUCUGCCAGAUGAAGUUGUGGAUACGGUUGGAACAGUAUUGCCUUCUGAAGAUCCUGUUUCUGAAAGGAAGAGAAAAUUGGAGUUCCUAGAGAUGCAGGAGGAACUUAUCAAGGAGGAAGAGAAAACGCAAGAGAAAGAAGAAAAGGCAAAGCUAGACGAACAAGAGGCUACUAAAGAAGAUUUGGCUUUGAAGGAAAUGACUGAGCCUACUGCUAGGGAAGAAGAGGAACUAAAGAAAUCAAAAGAACAUGAGAAGAAGGACCACCUUUGUAACAUCAGUCAAGCAUUGGCUGUGCUCGCAUCUGCUUCUUCUGUUACCAAAGAGCGAGAAGAGUUUCUGAGCCUUGUAAAUAAAGAGAUAGAACUAUAUAACACCAUGCUGGAAAAGGAGGGCACAGAGGAUGAAGAAGAGGCUAGGAGAGCAUAUAGGGUGGCCAGGGAGGAGUCAGAUCAUGCUGCAGAGUUGGUUGCGGGAGAAAAAGUUUCUUCAGCAUUAAUAGAGAAGGUUGAUGCUAUGCUUCAGAAAUUAGAGAAAGAGAUUGAUGAUGUUGAUGCACGAAUAGGCAACCGCUGGCAGCUGCUUGAUAGGGACCGUGAUGGCAAGGUAACUCCGGAAGAGGUAGAAGCAGCCGCAGAUUAUCUCAAGGACACCAUGGGGAAGGAGGACGUCCAAGAGCUUAUCAGCAAUCUUUCCAAAGACAGAGAAGGAAACAUCCUCGUGGAGGACAUCAAGAAGAUGGCGUCGCAAACGGAGGAAAACAGCGAGCAGAAAGAAACGGCGCGCUGAUUGGUAGAAAGAACGUUCACUCUCAAAUAUGUUUAUACCGUCAGCUCAUUCUUUUCCCGGUUUCAGUUUGUGGCAGCGCAAACGCGCGGAACGGUCAGUGUUUUUCUUGUGACCGUCCACAGUUUUAGUCCCCGGUGCCGCCGAUCGUUAGUCAGGCGUGAAUGGCGACUGAAGUUUCAACUGGUCGCCGUUGAGAUCCACUGGGGAAAUAAAUUCAGGCCUUCGAUCCAAAUGAUCUGAAUAAAGGUAUCGAUGUGUAUGUCUUAUUUUAGGUGUAUUUGAAUGAGCGCGUGUGCGAUCGGAGGAAUCCGCACAGGCGAUGUUUGUCGGCAGAUGUCAAGGUGAUGCAAGUGGGGAGUGUGUCAGUGUGUAAUACAGUGGCUCGUGGACUUGCUCAAUUAGCUAGAAAAGAAAUAAACUUGCAGUCCGUGGAUUGUAAUGACGUUACUGUUGUUUAAUCAAAUCAAUAAAGCUAUUUUCGACGGCCUUGGAA